AUGUCUGUCGGCGAUUCACCCCUAAAUAUCGCUUCAGAUGGACCUCUGCCCGUGUCGAAGAUCCCUGGAUACACAGGAUCAAAAUUCUCCAUUCCCGGGACAGAUAUUGUCUUUGAGAUGAAGGAUGUCGUUGGACCCUUCAUUAUUGGCUUCAUGCUAGAGAUGCUCUUCACUGGCGUCAUCUCGGUCCUUUCUAUCAAUUAUUUUGUGUAUAUUCGACCUAGCUUGACAGCGGAAGCUAUCAAUGGUAGUCCAGCACGACGGACAGAAGGUCGCUUGAUACUCAUCACGUUGGGGGUCACGCUCGCCUGUGCGGGUAUAUCCCUCGCUCGCUCGUACGACAUAUUCGCUGCACACGCCUUGGAACUCUUUUACCUCUAUAAUGUCAGUGAAGUCGGAAGCUGGAUUCUCAACGUUCUCAACUUGAUACCGACAGUUGUCAACCAAUCCUUUCUCACAGUUCGAGCCUUUAAAUUCUUGACAGUCUCCGAGGUCCUCUGGCCUAGGUUGUCGAGAUCGUUACUUCGAUAUGUUUUUGCGGCGGUCAUUGUCUGCCUCAUGGUUGCAGAGUGCGUUGGGUCAUUCAUGCAGUCAUAUUAUACCUUUUCGGCAAAAACCCUGCUAAACUUGGCUCCAUCGACCUCGGGUAGCACCAAAAUCUACCACGCAGGCCUGACCUACACCAUUUGCGCCGUCACCGCAGACGUCCUCAUCACUGUCGUUCUCACCGGGCAGCUCUGGUGGGCUCGACGCAAGCUCGCUUCAUCAGUGCAAGGGGGCACAGCGGGCAGGAUAGUGCAGCGUCUAAUGUUCGUCAUCUUUCACGCUGGCUUGCUUCAGACCGUCUUGCAGAUUUCCCAAUUGUUGUGCUUCAAGUUUGCCGUUCCCUGGACCUAUCUCCCCGCAUCAACGCUCCCCAAGAUCUACGCCAUCACACUCAUUCUCGCCAUCUCUGCACCUCAUAUCGUCGAACCCGCUUCCACCCCUUCAAACAUCCAACUCCCGACGAUCCACCUUUCCACCUUCUCCGCGUAUCCGCCAGCUGGUCUGAGCGCACGAUCCACAUCACGUACAGAUCCUCAGAGCCGGUUCCCGACGAGCUCUACAUGGCGAUCCAGAUUUCGUCGACCGUAUCCAUGGUCUACGACCAUGCAUCAAGAAUCGAACGACGUGAGGACAGAUCUGCAUCGGAUGUCUGCUGGCAAGUACAGCAGACAGCAGGACCAUCCCAAUACAGAUGGCCAUAAGCCACCCUACCUAUCCGUCAACAUCCACCCUCCGUCUCUCCUGCGUUCCGAUUCCAAUAAUUCAUUCAUAUACGACAAAGCAGGUCCAUCUACUCCUGCGACACCCGCUACACCCCCUACGCCCGCCACGCCAGCGAUGAUAACACAUUACGUCCAUCCUACAUCUCAAUCUAAACUCGCAGAGACCAGUUGGGAUACUGGCCAAACUACUUCUCAAGGUUCUAUGCGUGAUUCCACCUUGUUCUGGAUGGCUCCGAUACCUGGACUAGACCCUCCUUCACCCUGUAAAGUCGAAAGGAGGAGAUCCGAUUCAAUGACGCCAAUGCGAACUGGACCUGCUGUACCAGCUCGACAACGGAGUACCGAGGCGGUUCUGGAGGCCUUCGAUUUAUCGCCACUUCGUCGAAGUAGUGUAGACCAUCGCUUGAUUCUGAGCUCGCCAGCUGCCAUCGUGGCUAGACGAGCAGGUCCAAAGGAAGAUGAGGGAGAUCUGCAGCACAAAUCUGCGCAGUAG